UGGCUAUGUGCAUUGUGCUGUGAUCCCUACUGUUGGGUGCUGUGAGGAAAGCUCAGGCAAGCUCCGAAGCUGCGACAUGAAUGCAAUGACCUAUGAUGAUGUGCAUGUGAACUUCACUCAAGAAGAAUGGGCUUUGUUGGAUCCUUCACAGAAGAGUCUCUACAAAGAUGUCAUGCUGGAGACCUACAAAAACCUCACUGCUAUAGGCUACAAUUGGGAAGACCAUAAUAUUGAAGAACAUUGUCAAGGUUCUAGAAGACAUGCAAGGCAUGAAAGAAGUCGUACUGGAGAGAAACCUUACAAAUGUAAUGAAUGUGAUAAAUCCUUUUCACGACACUGUAGUCUCCGAAUACAUAAAACAACACAUACUGGAGAGAAACCUUAUAAAUGUAAGCAAUGUGGUAAAUCUUUUGCUUCUCAUGGUCAACUUCAAAGGCAUGAAAUAAUUCAUACUGGAGAGAAACCUUAUAAAUGUAAUCAGUGUGGUAAAGCCUUUGUAUGUCACAGUAAUCUCCGAAUACAUAAAAGAACACAUACUGGAGAGAAACCUUAUAGAUGUAAUCAGUGUGGUAAAGCCUUUGCAUGUCACAGUAAUCUCCGAAUACAUAAAAGAACACAUACUGGAGAGAAACCUUAUGAAUGUGAGCAAUGUGGUAAAGCCUUUGCCUAUCAAGAUUAUCUUCAAAUACAUAAAAGAACACAUACUGGAGAGAAACCCUAUGACUGUAAUCAAUGUGAUAAAGCCUUUGCAUGUCACAAUAGUCUCCGAAGACAUAAAAGAACACAUACUGGAGAGAAACCCUACAAAUGUAACCAAUGUAGUAAAGCCUUUGCAAGUCACGGAAAUCUCCGAAUACAUAAAAGAACUCAUACUGGAGAGAAACCUUACAAAUGUAAUCAGUGUGGUAAAGCUUUUGCAUAUCAUAGUUAUCUUCAAAUACAUAAAAGAACACACACUGGAGAGAAACCCUACAAAUGUAACCAAUGUGGUAAAGCCUUUGCAUAUCGUUGUGAACUUCAAAGACAUGAAAGAAUUCAUACUGGAGAGAAACCUUACAAAUGUAAUCAAUGUGGUAAAUCUUUUGCAUAUCACAGUAGUCUCCGAAUACAUAAAAGAACACAUACUGGAGAGAAACCAUAUGAAUGUCAUCAAUGUGGUGAAGCUUUUUCAUAUCUUUAUGAACUUCAAAGACAUGAAAGAAUUCAUACUGGAGAGAAUCCUUACAAAUGUAAUCAAUGUAGUAAAGCCUUUGCAUGUCACGGUAGUCUCCAAAUACAUAAAAGAACACAUACUGAAGAGAAACCGUAUGAAUGUAAUCAAUGUGGUGAAGCCUUUCCAUAUCUUUAUAAACUUCAAAGACAUGAAAGAGUUCAUACUGGAGAGAAUACUUACAAAUGUUAUCAAUGUGGUAAAGCCUUUGUAUGUCAUGGUAGUCUCCAAAUACAUAGAAGAAAACAUAGAGGCGAGAAACCUUAUGAAUGUAAGCAAUGUGGUAAAGCCUUUGCCUAUCACGGUCGACUUCAAAGUCAUGAAAGAAUUCAUACUGAAGAGGAACUUUACAAAUGUAAUCAAUGUGGUAAAGCCUUUGCAUGUCAUAGUAAUCUCCAAAGACAUAAAGGAACACAUACUGGAGAGAAACCUUAUGAAUAUGUUUAAUAUAGUGAAGCCUUUGCAUACUUUUAUAGUCCUUAUUAUCACAAAAGUAUUCAUUCUGGA